ACCUUGCAAUCUUUAAUUUCAACUCCAAAAUUUUUGCCUAAAAACACACCUAUUCUCUCUCUUGAAAAAUCUGUGAAUAGAUUCUUGUCUGAACCACAAAUGGUGCUACACAAACGUGGCCAUAGAUUCUUCAAAUUCAGAGCUUUGGAGCCCCACUUUUCGAUUAUUUCCACUUUUGAAAAUUGAUUAUAUUCUCGAUCAAUCUUAUUACAUCUUCAACAGUGUUGUUAGCUUUUUUUUCCAUUUUUUUUCAUCUUCAAAAGUAUUUAAUUUGUGUGAAUUGAAGCAAAUGAAUUACGAAUUUUCACGUCAAGAUUUGGGAAUGGGUUGGAUUAUGCUGAGAAUCGACUACUCACGGCUGUUCUGGAUUUUAUUUGGCGUCUUCUCCUACGAAAAUCACGAAGGAAAACCUCGGAUUUUUUAGCGCAAAUUAACUCUCUUGUUUUUUUAGAUUUAUAUUAAUCCGAGUGUGUGUUUGUUUUUAUAUCAUUUUAGUUGUUUUUGUAUACAUAUAUUGGUGAAUUAUGUACAAAAGUGGAGGCGUUGAAGCUGCCAUGGAUGAUGGAGGGAAGCUUUACGUGGAGAUGGAUCCAUCGGAGAGAUACGGCCGUUUGAAAGAAGUUCUUGGAAAAGGGGCAACAAAGACAGUGUAUAGAGCAUUCGACCAAGUGUUGGGAAUGGAAGUGGCAUGGAAUCAAGUUAAACUAGACAACAUGCUCAACUCCCCUGAUGCCCUAAAAAGGCUCCACUCCGAGGUUCACUUGCUCAAAUCCCUCAACCACCCUUCCAUCAUCACCUUUCUUGCUUCUUGGAUUGACACCCGUCGUCGAACCUUCAACUUCAUCACCGAGUUGUUCACAUCCGGGACCCUACGAGAGUACCGGAGGAGGUACACGCGCGUGACCCUCGGGGCCAUCAAGAAUUGGUCGCGCCAAAUCCUCGAGGGCCUUGAGUAUUUGCACGCGCAUGACCCUCCAGUCAUCCACCGCGACCUCAAGUGCGACAACAUCUUUGUCAACGGCCAUUUAGGACAACUCAAAAUUGGCGAUCUCGGAUUGGCAACCGUUCUUCGUGGCUCUCAGCAUGCGCAUAGUGUGAUAGGCACGCCCGAGUUCAUGGCUCCCGAGCUCUACGAGGAGGAGUACGACCAGUUGGUCGAUGUUUACUCGUUCGGGAUGUGUGUUCUUGAAAUGCUCACUUCUCAGUAUCCUUACAACGAGUGCUCCAAUCCUGCCCAAAUUUACAAGAAAGUAACUUCGGGGAAGCUUCCAAAGGCCUUCGACAUGAUCCAAGACGAAGAAGCACGAAGAUUCAUCGGGAGAUGCUUGCAGAAGGCCCCCGAUAGACCAUCAGCUACCGAGCUAUUGAACGAUCCGUUUCUUUGCAGCACUGAAGAAGCUGCUUCCAACAUAAUCUUGUCUCCGGGCUCCCUCCCGUCUCCUCCUGUGACCAACAUGACCAUCACAGGGACUAUGAAUCAAGAGGAUGACACCAUCUUCCUCAAAGUACAAAUCUCUGAUAAAAAAGGCCCUCCAAGAAACAUCUUCUUCCCUUUCGAGAUCACAAGCGACACUGCCCUCGACGUUGCAAAGGAGAUGGUGAAGGAGUUUGAGAUAACGGACUGGGAGCCAUCUGAGAUAGCCGGCAUGAUCCAUAACGAAAUCACUCGCUUGGUUCCAUCGUGGAGCAACAUCGAAUGCACUCCCGACGAGCAAGACAAUAGCCCACACCACCCUCUCUACACCACCUCCUCAUCCCAUUCCUCCUCACAAGCCUCCCUCCCGGAUCUUUUCUCCUCCAACGACGCUCGAGAUUGGCUUCAAGACGAAGGUGAUGACACGAGCUCUGUUUGCUCGGACAACUACACCAAUCUCAGCUACGACGAAGAAUGUGUGAUAAACACCAACAAGGAGGUGAUCUGCAGAAAUAGGAGUAGCCAAAAGUGCACGAGAUUCGGGCCAGAAGGGAGCAUGAGCAACGGCCUCGACUGCAGCUCAAAGACUCAGCAGAGGAUGAUGCCAAGGACAGCGUCGCUGGUGGACAUACGCAGCCAAUUGCUGCACAAGACGCUCGUGGAGGAGGUGAACAAGCGACGCAUGUUCAACACUGUCGGGGCGCUUGACCAGGUUGGAUACAGGCAGCCGGAUUGUCAAGCCAGGAAUGGGAAAUCAGUGAGUAGGAGGCGAGGUUGAAUGUUGAAAUUUGUCAACAACAUUCAGCAGUGUGGAUGUUUUAAGGCUUUCUAUGGACUAGUGUGUUUUAUUUGGUGUGUCAUCUGAUUGUUGAACAUCAUGUUCCUCUGAUGUAAAGCAUGCUAUAGACAUUAUACAAAGAUAGCAUGGUGGCAAUGCGUGAGAGUUUGCAAUAAAAGUUUGUGUAAGAUGAACAUGUAUAUAUAGGGUUGCAUAUAUAUCAAAACUAGUUUUAAA